AUGGCGGCGAGCACGGAAUUCAGCACUACUUCCAGUCAUGGUUUGGACCGGACUUCGUUUCCUCUCUUGGGCUUUCCAGAGGCUGCUGACAAAACGCGUACCCCAGGAAACAAAACACGGAUUGAUACGCACCAAAAGCUGGCAUUGGAUUCCUUGGGACAUCUUUACGGGCGGGAGACACAGGUGGCACUCCUAAGCGGUGCCUUUCACAGCUUCCUGGAGCCGACCCCGACCAAGGACGUGGUGACGGUACGUGGAGAAAGUGGUACGGGCAAGUCGGUUCUCUCCAAAAAAGUAGAAGAGUUCCUGCAGCAGAACGACAAUGACAAUAGAGGCUUGUGUGUCACGGGCAAGUUUGAUGACGUACCGCGAGAUGCUGCCGAACCAUACUCUGCCAUUGCCAAAGCUUGCGAAAUGCUCUGUCAGACGCUACUGAUACGGAUGCGCGAUGAUGCCAAUGACUAUGGCGAUUUGCCUCAUCGUAUGCGGGAGUCACUCAACAAUGAUGACAUCGACCUCUUGCUGGCGCUCAUGCCCAGUCUGCAAACUAUUGUCGGAGGAGGAGGAGACGGCUUUUCAAAUGGCAGCAUCAAUUUCUUGGAAGUGAAGAGCCGUUUCCAACAUGCAUUCAAACAAUUCAUUCGGUUCGUUUGCUCUGUGGCGCCUAUAGUGCUCAUCUUGGAAGAUUUGCAGUGGGUAGAUCAAGGCUCGCUGGACAUUCUUGAAUGCUUGCUCAAGAACGAUGAUCAAGGAGCACAGUCGUCCAUACUGCUGCUCAUGAAUUAUCGAGACGAUGAAGUGGAUGCGGAUCAUCGUUUUGCCAAGUUUUUGGGCAUUCUCAAGGAGCAGCAAGCGGCAGACAGCCAAUUGCAAAUGACGGACAUACGUCUCGAAGGGCUAUCCGAAGAAGACGUGGAGGAUCUGUUGAAACGUCUUCUUGAGGGCAGAGAAGACGAAGGAAACAUGAAGCUUCUGGCUGAAUGUGUUCAUAGCAAGACAGCGGGAAAUCCAUUCUAUUUGAAGCAAUUCCUUGCCUCGCUGGAAACCGAUGGACUCUUGAUGUUCAACUCCGAAUCGGACAGCUGGGUGUUUGACGUGUCUCACAUCCAAAAGGCCACUCAGGCGACGGACAAUGUCCUCACGCUACUGACUAAGAAACUCCGAAAGCUCUCCCCUCUCAUACAAGCUGUUCUUCCUCGAUUGGCUUGCCUUGGGCCUCGUUUCGCUACUACAACGGCUCAUUUGGUCCUGGACCACGUGACGCAGGAGUGCGAUGAACACUCUAACUGCAAUGAGAGCAUAAUCGACGUGCUCUUGACGUGCCAACAAGAGGGCCUCAUUGUUGAUUGUGGCGGCAACACAACGUGGGAGUGGAGCCACGACAAGGUCAAGGAAACCGCAUUUCUGCUCGUCGAAAACAAAGACAAGCUUGAUCACAUCAAGUAUGGUCUAGGCCAAGCCCUCUUAGAAAGAGUCCCCAAGCAAAGCUUGAAAGCAAUCCAAAGCAUCCUUUGUAAUUGUCAAUUUGUUGAACUCCAGAGCACAUCUGCUGUUGCAAAGCUGAAUUUGAAUGCGGGCAAGUCUUCGAUGAGGUCGUCGGCAUCCCACGGCGCGGCUCAGUAUCUGAAACACGGUAUCGCACUACUCCCUGCCGAACAGGGAAGGUGGGCACCCACGUAUCUGGAUCUUUCCUUGGCACUGUACGCAACGGCGGCGGAGGCACAAUAUUGCAUUGGUUGCCAUGAGCAAGUGAAGGAACUCUGUGAUGAGGUCUUGGCUCAACCAAGCCUUCCCUUGCUGAAGAAGCGACGAUUGUACAAUGUUCAAAUUCACUCUCUGGCCUCGCAGGCUAAAAUGGCCGAAGCCACAGAUUUGGUAUUGAAAGUGCUCAGCAAGAUUGGAUACAAACCUCCGAAGCUUGGAAGAGGCUUGUUGUCAAUGUCAGGGAUCGUCAGCAUGUCCAUGACGGUGGACAAGACAAUAGGCAAGUUGGAGCGUUUGAAACCCAUGGAAGAUGAGGAGAAGAAGUGGGGAAUCUACUUGCUUGAUCGAUUGGCGUCGUACAGCUACCAGUGUGAUGCUAGUCUCUUCCCGCCCGCUAUCACCAAAGCGCUUGAUUGGACAGUGAAGCAUGGCAGAGCCGAAACGACAUCACCUCUUCUCGCAACCAUUGCCCUGAUUUUGGCAGGGUCCUUCAGUGAUUUCGCUGGUGCCAAGAAGUAUGCUGAUCUUGCCAUCAAGUACAUGACACCCAGUGUUAAGGCUCAAACUUAUUUCAUGUGCUAUCAGUUUGUUUAUCAUUAUCAAACGCCCAAUCACGUUUGUAUUCGACGUCUAAACGAAGCUUUGGAAACCGGCAUCAAGUCUGGCAAUUUGGAGUCAGCUUUCUAUGCCGGAUAUUGUGCUCUGGAGGCACAAUUCCAUACAGGAAGGAACUUACAACUGCUCUUGGAAGACUGCAAAGCAUAUGCACACCGGACCGACAGUUACGGUCAAGAGAUGAUAGGUUGGAGCCUGUCGCCUGUUUGGCAACUCGCAGAGAACUUGUCGAGAAUCGAGUCCAACGGGGCCAUCCUCACGGGCAGCACAAUGGACGAGGAGGAAUUCAAGCAACGAACCGAACCGUACGCGCACUUUGGGGUACUACUGAACCGUAUCAAGACUACGGCAGCAUUCUGGUUUGACGAUCACGAGCGGGUUGUGCAGCUUAUGGAGGAAUGUGGCUACCACAAGUUUUCUAUAGAGAAGGCAACUCCGGCAACCAACGGUAUCGGCGUUGUCUACUUUCACUGUGCCCUGUCGUGUCUCUCUCUCGUUCACCAAGCACAAAAGAAACAUCGACCCCACAAGCAGCAAGCGAAGAAAAUCCUCAAGAAGUUGAAGGAGUGGGUGAACAAGGGGAAUCCGAACGUACAGCAUUACGAGUCUUUGUUGGAAGCCGAGCUUGCCUCUUGCAGCAGUAGGCAGCCACUCAUUGUAGCUUCGAAGCACUAUGAUUGCGCCAUCAUGCUAGCGGGACGUCUUGGCUUAGCCAACGACUACGGUCUAGCACAGGAACGAUUCGGUGAUCAUUUUCUCAGGCAUGGUGACCAAGAUGGUGCCAGGCAUCAUUACAGUUUGGCCUUAGAAUCGUACGAGAAAUGGGGCGCAACAUCAAGGUUGAAUUUGUUGCAAGCAAGGACGGAGCUUGCAAGGGGGUAG